UUAUUUACUAAUGGGAUGCUGGCAGACGACAAGCGAGCCAUCACAGUCCCUGGCGUCGAGGACGACAUGAUGGCGGCGGUGAUCCAGUACGCUUACACCAGGAAAACCGAGAUCACAGAGGAGAACGUGAUUCACCUGCUCCCAGCCGCAGAUCAGCUGAACAUGCUGGGCUUGGUCAAGCAAUGCGCUGAAUUCCUCAUCCAUCAACUCUCGCCGGAAAAUUGCGUCGGCUUCCGCGCCUUUGCGCGCCAGUUCUUUUGCAGACAACUCGACAAAGCCGCGCAUGUGUACCUGAUGAAAAACUUCGUGGAAGUGUCGAAGUCAAGCCAAGAGCUAAUGGAACUCGACCUGACUGCUUUCUUGGAUGUUAUCACCGAUGACCACCUGAACGUGAAGAAUGAAGAGAUCGUCUUCGAUACGGUUGUAAAGUGGAUCAACGCAGAGCCGGACAACCGAAAGUCUAGCAUUGUUGACCUGUUGAAGGGGGUACGACUGGGACUCCUCAGCACUCAGUAUUUCGUGGAGAAGGUCAAGUCACAUGAGUAUAUCAAGGAUAACGAGGUAUGCAAGCCCCUUGUCAUCGACACCCUGAAGUUCCUCUACGACUUAGACAUGGACGAGUCACGUGAGGUGGACCUGACCAAUCCACUCGCGCGGCCACGUGUUCCGCACGAGAUUAUCUUUGUUGUGGGUGGCUGGAGCGGAGGCAGCCCGACCAAUAAGAUUGAAACAUACGACACACGUGCGGACAGGUGGAUCGCUUGCGACGAAACAGAUGGUAAGAGCCCGAGAGCUUACCAUGGUUGUGCCACAGUCUUCCAGACAGUAUAUGUCGUGGGCGGCUUCGAUGGCAUGGACUACUUCAACAGUGUGAAGGCGUACAAUCCCACAGAGAAGACUUGGGCGGAGAGAGCUCCGAUGCACUGCAAGAGAUGUUACGUCAGCGUGGCUGUACAAAACAAUAGGAUUUACGCCAUGGGCGGCUUUGACGGUCACGUGAGACAGAAUACGGCCGAGGUGUACGACCCCGUCACCAAUCAGUGGGCGAUGAUCGCACCCAUGAACCACCAGAGGAGCGACGCCAGCGCCACCACACUAAAUGACAAGCUCUACAUCUGCGGAGGCUUCAACGGCCAAGAGUGCAUGAACACGGCAGAGUGUUUCGACAUCAACCUGGGCACGUGGUCUGUGCUGCCACAGAUGAGGAACAGACGGUCAGGCGUGGGCGUCAUCUCUUUCGGGGACUACGUGUACGCGGUGGGAGGCUUUAACGGGAUCACUAGAAUGAACAGCGCGGAGAGAUACAACAUCGUGACCAACCAGUGGUCUUCAAUACCCGAGAUGUACAACCCGAGGAGCAACUUUGCUAUUGAGGUCUUGGACGAUAUGGUCUUCGCUAUUGGCGGCUUCAAUGGAGUCACAACCAUCUUCAACGUGGAAUGUUACGACCCUGUCACAGACGAAUGGUAUGACGCCACUGAUAUGAACCUGUUCCGCAGUGCCCUGUCCGCCUGUCUGCUGGCCGACCUCUCCAACAUGCAAGACUACCUCUACAAGGAACGGAAUACGAUCAACAGGAGCUAGUUAUCAUGGCCUACAUGAGGCAA